GCUGAUUACUUUCACUUUAUGUUUCUCCUUUCUGAUUUUUGGUUGCCAGGGCAUCUGAAGCAUGGGAUUUAUCGAUUGCAUUUAUCAGUGUUAUCUUGCUCCCCAUUAUUGGGAAUGAGGCAGAGCACGCAAGUGCUAUUAUGUUUUCCAUGAAAGACAAGAUUGACAUAUCGUUGGGAGUGGCAAUAGGGUCGUCGACUCAAAUUUCUAUGUUUGGGAUUCCUUUUUGUGUGGUUAUUGGGUGGAUGAUGGGACGGGAAAUGGAUUUAAACUUCCAGCUUUUCGAGACAGUAACUCUGUUCAUAACUGUAAUCGUUGUAGCCUUCUUUCUGCAGGAGGGAACGUCAAACUACUUCAAAGGGCUAAUGCUCAUUCUUUGCUAUCUGAUGGUAGCUGCUAGUUUCUUCGCACACGAAGAUCCUACUUCGACUGAUCAAAAAAAGCAACCGCAAACGUGAACGAUGCGGUCGAAUUAAGGGAUGGUUUC